UAAGCGGCGAGCGUGUCAUUCUCCGCCCGGAAUAGUACAAAGUAUUAGCCUUUUAUUUUUUUGCGUAUUCUCUCUCUCUCUCUCCUUCUCUAUCAAUUAUAUACUAUGGCAGGUAAAAGACGACCUGGUAUUGGUGCUGAAGAAAGAACGAGCAAGAAAAUUGCGACAUCAUGGCUAGCAUUAGUCUUGAGUACGUUUCUAGGUAUCGGCAUUGCAUUUCACUUUCAUUACAAGGUACCUGUUCCUACCAAUCAUCUUGGUUACAACACAGAAACUGGGCUUUCGGAUUUCUCUGAGCAUAAUGCCAUUAAAAUUAUUUCUCACCUCAGUGAUACGCUUGGUUAUCGUAUUGUGGGUACGAUUGAGGAAAAACAAUCUUAUGAAUAUAUCGAGCAAGAGAUUCAACAAUAUAAGAGCGAUGCUGAAGGAAUUACCAAUGCACCUAAAUUUGAUAUUUGGGUUCAACAAGCUACCAGUGCACAUCGAUUCGAUAUCAUGGAUAAAAUGGUGUUAAAGGCAUAUACCAAUGUCACUAAUAUUGUUGUUCGCUUGUCUUGCCCUAUCGAUCCUCAAAACCCAGAGAACCGUGCUUGUGAAGAAAAUGCUGUUCUUUUAAACUCUCAUUUUGAUACCACUUUAGGCUCACCUGGUGCUACAGACGAUGGUUCAGGUACCGCUGUAAUGAUGGAUAUUAUCCGUGUUCUGAGUAGACGUGAUUGGUCCACCUAUAAGAAUUCUAUCGUCUUUUUAUUCAAUGGUGCUGAGGAGUCGUUGCAAGAUGCUUCUCAUGCUUUUAUUACAAUGCAUGAAAUUAAGGAUUCUAUUCGCUCAGUUGUUAAUAUUGAUGCUUGUGGUACAACUGGUCGUGAAAUUUUGUUUCAAGCUAAUUCUCGCGAAAUGAUUGAUGCUUAUAAGCAAGCGCCUUAUCCCCAUGGAACCGUCAUGGCCAAUGAUGUUUUCCGUACUGGAUUGAUUUUAUCCGACACUGAUUUCAGACAGUUUGUUCAAUAUGGUAAUUUGACAGGUAUCGAUAUGGCCAUUUACAAAAACUCGUAUUUAUACCACACCCAUUUGGAUAUCACGGAACAUUUACAGCCCGGUGCUAUUCAACAUUUGGGAGCCAAUACCUUGGCUAUCGUAAAUUACUUGGCCCAAAAUGCUACUUUGACCGGUAUUGAGAUUGCCAGUGAUGUUGUCUUUUUUGACUUCCAAGGUCUCUUCUUUGUUGUUUAUUCAUGGUCUACAGCUUACACCAUUCAGAUGACCACGGUGGCUUUAGCUGCCGUCUAUUUUUGUUACAUCGUUACCAAGACCCACACAUCUUCUCCUUACCGAUCCGUGCCUGCCAUCUUAAUUUCUUAUACUAAAUCUACGUUGGCCGUGUUCUUGAGUAUGGUCUGCUGUAUUCUCUUACCCGUCGCCAUCUCAUUUUUGUUGACCUCGCCUUACUUUAAUCGACACAUGUCCUGGUUCAAGAACGAAUGGUACGGUGCACUUAUCUUUAGUCCCAUGGGUCUCGUGGGUUCAUUUGGUAUCCAAUAUCUCUUUUACACUUUACCAGGACCUCAGCAUUUUGAUAUGGAGUACGGUACCUUCAACUCUCUCAUGCUUUUCUUUGCUAUCGGUACUGCCAUCACCACCCAAACUGGCGUUGCUAGCUCUUACGUCUUUUGGCUUUAUUGUUUCAUCAUGUUUAUUACCUGUAUCUUGAACGAGUUUGGUCUUCGUCCUGAGCAGUCCAAGAUUUACUUGCCUCAAGUAGGUACGACUGCUUAUAUUCUUAGUGGGUCUGCCUUGGCCUUGUUUUACUCGGAUUAUGCAUACGCCUUGAUCGAUAUCUUUGUUCCUUUGACAGGUCGUAUGGGUGUAGAAACACCUGUUGAUUUAAUUGUGGCUAUUAUUUACGGUAUGAUUGUCUACAUGUUGACACUUCCCUAUGUGGCCCAUGUCCAUCGUUUCGGUACCAAAGUGUUGAAGAAGACGCUUGUGCUUUUACUGUUGGCACAAACUGCCGUGUUGGUGGCCGUCUAUGUUGGUGGAGGAUCUUAUGGAGGCUGGGCUUUCCCAUAUGACGAACUUCACCCUAAGCGCUUGUUUAUUCAAGAAUUGAAGAAUUUGACGUCGGGCAAGAUCACGAUCGGUGUUGCCCAAGCCGAUGGAGGACCCUAUGUACAAACGAUUGUAGACUCUCUUGAGACAGAAUUGGGUGUGGAAGCGGAAGCGCGUGGAGGCGUGAAUAAUAUGAAUGACUGGGACUCGAUUUAUCCUUUCAGUGCAUUUUUGGGUGGUUAUCGCUUUGAUGUGGAGCCAUAUAUUCGUGAGCAUGCGACGGAGAUGGGAGGAGAGUUAUUUGAUUCUUUGUCAGGACCUUUCCCAGAAGUCAAGAUCUAUAAUGAUAGUUAUAACGCGGAAACGGGCAUUCGAUCCUUUUCGAUUUUGUGCCUUUCACCUUCCUAUACAUGGACCGUGAUUGCGUUUGAUGGAUUGGUCGUGGAUUGGAGUAUCAAGGAUGAGAAGCCAGUCAGUGAGUCAUCUCAUUAUGUGGUACGCCAUGUGAGUGGAUACGGCAAUGAUGGUUGGACUAUGGAUUUAUCUGUCAAGGUACCUGAAGCAGAUCGCAAGGCUGCGGAGACAGGAGAUUACAAGAUUCGAUUCGAGUUCACAGCGUUAGAAAAGGAAUCUUUUGCUGGAAGAGGGGAAGAACGUUUAAUUGGCGGUGUGGGUAUUAUGUCUGUCGUUCAACGUUCGUUGCCUAUUUGGACAACCACCACAUGGUUGAGUUCAGUAGUUAAGAUCUGGGAUUUAUAAAAAGAGUUUUUGUAUAAUCAUUUAUUUAUUUUUUUUAAAAAAAAGAAGGGAAGUGUUAUAUUUAUAAAGAGAAAGGAAAGUGUGUGUGUGUG